CUCCCCCAUCUCUUUUCAGUGGUGACAAAUUCAGUAUUUUUACAGGGUAAUUUCAUCCAACUUCCUCUUCUCUCUAUUUCAUUCUGAAUUUUUACUAACACCCUGUUAGCCAUCUUCUGUUCAGGCAACUGAGCUUCUUGAACCUUCAAUUCACUGAUUUGGCUUUUAUGGCGGACUGAGUGCAAGAAUUGUAUUUUAUUAGAUAAGAUGUCUUAACACAACGGUUUUGUUCCAUACGAGGGCCACAGCUGGUUCUCUCUGCUAAAAAAAUACAUGCUUUUGUAAUUCAGACACAGGAAUAAAACGCAAAUACCAUGGAAAACAGGUAUCAUAACCUUAAGAAUGCAGUCGGUUUGUCAGAGAGUUGGCUCUUGUUCCUCAUGUUUGAAGAGACAACUAAAUGGCUUCCUGGGAUUAAUUAAAUGGCAGAGAAGACUGGUUCCUGCUUGUGUGAGAACUAUUUACAGUGAGACGGGGAAAUGGGAAAAAAACUAUGGGUUGGAGACAAGAAAAAGAGUUGAAAAUUGGUGGCUUCCAAGAAUAAAGGAUGAGUUCUGCAGAAUUUCAGAAACUGAUAAAUCAAGACCAAAAUUUUAUGUGCUUUCUAUGUUCCCAUAUCCUUCUGGGAAGCUUCACAUGGGCCAUGUUCGUGUCUACACCAUCAGUGAUGCAGUAGCUCGGUUCCAGAAAAUGAGAGGGAUGCAGGUGAUAAAUCCAAUGGGAUGGGAUGCAUUUGGUUUACCAGCAGAAAAUGCUGCAGUUGAGCAUGGCCUUCAUCCUGCAAGCUGGACAGAAAGUAAUAUUCAGCACAUGAGGGAACAGUUUGACUCACUAGGUCUCUCUUUUACAUGGGAAAGGGAAGUAACCACUUGCUUGCCAGAGUACUACAAAUGGACACAAUAUCUCUUUCUUAAGCUUUUUGAAGCUGGGAUAGUGUAUCAAAAAGAGGCCUUGGUUAAUUGGGAUCCAGUGGAUCAGACUGUUCUAGCUAAUGAACAGGUGGAUGACAAUGGUUGCUCAUGGCGUUCAGGAGCAAAGGUGGAACAGAAAUACCUCAAACAGUGGUUUAUCAAAACAACUGCUUAUGCAAAGGCUAUGUUUGAUGCUUUGUCUGAUCUCCCUGAGUGGUAUGGUAUUAAAGAAAUGCAAGCAAAUUGGAUAGGUGACUGCGUUGGUUGCUCGCUUGAUUUCUUGCUAAAGGUUAAUGGUGAAGUAACAGGAGAGAAGCUAGCAGCUUACACCUAUACGCCUGAAGCCAUUUAUGGAGCUUCCCAUUUAUAUAUCUUGCCAACUCACAGGCUGCUGCAUGGUAACAGCAGUCUCAAGGAAGUCUUUCAGAAGGAGUUCAUCGCAGGGAAAGACUCACUCACUUCAGUGACAGCUGUGAAUUUGCUUACCAAUCAGGAGAUUCCUAUAGUCAUCUCAGCAAAAACCAAUUUUGAUAAUUUUCUUGACACUAAAAUAGGAAUUCCUAGUACUAGUGCAGAAGAUGCUGCAGUAGCUAAGAAUCUGGGCAUUUCUUUCACUGAAGUCAUUGAGACAUUGCCAAAUGGUUUGGAGAAGGUCAUUAAUUCUGCAGAGAUCACUGGCAUGACUCGGCAGGAGGCUUUAAAAGCUAUUACUCAGCAGGCCAAAAAUAAAAGAAUAGGUGGAGACCUAACAAGUGACAAAUUAAGAGACUGGUUAAUAUCUCGACAGAGGUACUGGGGAACUCCUAUUCCAGUCAUUCACUGCCAGGCGUGUGGCACUGUUCCUGUACCUUAUGAAGACUUACCGGUGGUGUUGCCCAAUGUAACCACCUUCACAGGAAAGGGAGCUUCUCCUUUAGAAAGUGCUCUUGACUGGGUGAACUGUUCCUGUCCAAGGUGUAAGGCAGCAGCACGGCGAGAAGUCGAUACCAUGGAUACAUUUGUUGACUCUGCUUGGUACUACCUGAGGUACACUGACCCUCACAACACGGACAGGCCCUUUAAUAGUGACUUAGCAGACUACUGGAUGCCUGUGGAUUUGUACAUCGGGGGAAAGGAGCAUGCAGUUAUGCACUUAUUCUAUGCAAGGUUUUUCAGCCAUUUUUGCCAUGACCUAAAGAUGACAAAACACAAGGAGCCUUUCCAUAAGCUCUUGGUUCAAGGUCUUAUCAAGAAUCAGACAUUCAGACUAACAACAACAGGCCAGUGUUUGAAGAGAGAGGAGGUUGAUCUCACUGGAACUGAACCAGUUCACCUAAAAACUGGUGAGAAGCUCCAAGUUACUUGGGAAAAAAUGAGUAAAUCUAAGUACAAUGGAAUAGACCCUGAAGAAUUAGUGAAAGACUAUGGCAUUGACACCCUACGUCUUUACAUUCUGUUUGCUGCUCCUCCAGAACAAGAUAUUUUGUGGGAUGCUAAAACUGAUGCUAUGCCAGGCGUUCAGAGAUGGCAGGUGCGCCUCUGGGCACUUGUAACCAAACUUAUUGAAGCAAGAACUUCAGGAACUGUGCCCAAUCCUGAGCUUCUGAGCAAGAAAGAGAAGGCUGAAGCGAAAAAUAUCUGGGAGCAGAAGAAUCUGGUGAUUUCUGAGGUAACUGAGUACUUCACGAAGGACCAUUUGUUCAAUGCAGCUAUUUCCCGAUUGAUGAGCCUCACUAAUAUACUCCAUCAAGCUCCUCAGCCUCUUAUUCUCCACAGCACUGAAUUUGAAGAUGCCUUGGCUUCCCUCUGCAUUAUGGUUGCACCUAUGGCUCCACACAUUGCAUCAGAAAUGUGGAAAGGUUUGGCACAUAUGCAGAAUAAACUUUGUACUCAUCAUCACUGGGAUGCUGACGUACUGCAUCAGUCCUGGCCCAAAGUAGACCCAGAGUACCUUCAGCCACCAGAUGUUGUGGAGAUGUCUGUACUGAUCAAUAACAAAGCUUGUGGCAAAGUUUCUGUGCCUCAGCAAGCAGCCCGCAAUUUUGAAGAAGUCCGUGAGCUGGUUCUUCAAAGCGAACUUGGACUCCAGCAUCUCCAGGGACGAACCAUUAAAAAGGCUUUUCUGUCUCCCAGAACUGCCCUCAUCAACUUCUUAGUGCAAGAAUAGCAAAGGUUCUGCUGGGCUGCAAAAGGAAGCUGGAACCUUUUUAAGGUGAAACCAAAAAUGCCAGUUACGGUUAUUUCAAUCUCAUGCAAAGGUGGGGAAGAAAUCUUAUUAAAAUCAGGUUGCUGCUAAAUCUUCAUUUCAAUGUGGAGAAAUGUGCAGAAAUAAAGUUUCUUACUGUGUCAUAGGAAGAUGCUGCUUGUCCAUAUUCUCUGGGAGAAUGUGAAGAAAGUGCAGAAGAACUAAACAAUUGUAACAGAAUGUAAAUUCUAUAAAGCUCAUGGGGGCUAGUGUCAGCUCAGGAAUAUAUCCUGUCGGAAAGUUGGCUUGGAAUGAAUGUGAUUCCAGGACUAAACAAGUGCCAUGAGUCUGUGCUACCCCAAAUAUUAGGUGUGCUUUGCUCCCUAUAUCUCAUGUUUGGGUACCCUACCUUUAACUAACAUUUUAAGCUUUAAGAAAACGUUACUACAGUGUGUUAGUUUAAAAAGUAAUUUCUUUGCACUGACCAAUAGCCUUGGGCACAGCAGGUAGCCAGAAUGGGGUGGUUUAAUACAUUUCACACAAAUUUCAGAGCCAAGCCAAGAAAAAGGUCAGAUUAUUUAGCCAAGCCCUGCUUUUGCCAGGAUUCUCCUUCCUAGCUGGCAUAUUUGUGUUGGCAUAUACAUGAGAGGUUCAACUUCAGCAAAGUGCUGAUGGUUGUUUCUGCCUGGAAUGGAAUGAAAGUUACUUCCUACGCAUGAGCCAUCUCAGAGACUUUAGGGGGAUUCAAGAAAGGGCUGAUUUGGCUGCUAGAAAUGCAGCAGCAGGGAAGGCAGACAGCGUGCUUUUUGCCUCUACUAGUUCUUGUAGUGCCUACCUCGUAAAACUUGAUUUUUUUUUUCCUGAGGGGUUCAUGAAGUGAAAAUAACCAUCAUGUCUCUAAAAAUCAAUCAGAGUAUCAUAAAAUGCAGAACCGUUCUCCUGCCUCAUUCCAACCCUUUGGAAUUGGUAUUUGUAUGCUGCACUGGUGUUACAUCCACAUGGAAAUGUUUAUUGGAUUUAGCAAAUGCUUGAAAAAGAGUUCGCAAAGAAACAAUUAUAGGGUUCAUUGUGAAAGAAUGUCUUUUCUUUAACAGUCAUUAAACUGACUAGUCCAAUAAGCCGGCCAUUUAUGAGCCAUCCUGACAGUUAAGAAGUCAGCAGUAAUGACCAACUAGGCAAAUACAGAGAUCUGUAGUAACCCUCCAGCCCAGCAGGCAUCCAGACUCUGCAUUAGAUUAAAAGGAAACCAACAAAAAUCUCCCACGUAGCAGUAAAUAUAAGUGCAAUAGAUCCUAAGCAACUAGGAUCAAGACAGAUCACGCGUAGGUACUAGCUAAGCAAUGCCAAUAUUCAUUUUGCUUUUAUGCAUUUUUGGUACCAAAGAUGUAGUUGCAUAACAGAGAUGCCAGGCUCAGCGAGCACAUUUGGCAUCCCUACUUCUGCAACAAAACUCUUCUGAUUUCUGCUUCCUCCUGGACCACACUUGUGCAGAUUUUCUCUCCAGCAGUCCUGCGACACAAGAAUGACUAAGAAAUGGAAUAUUUAUAAUGAAGAUACGGUCUUUGCAGUUUUAACAUCCAGAAAUCUGAGCCACAAAGGAAUGCAUUCAGACAUUCAAACACAGGCCUUUAGUUGGAGUUAAAAUAAUUUGAAUUCCAGUGUCUGCCUGACAUAUAUGUUGUUAUAAAUUCAUAAAACUUCUGUUCAGAAGCCCUUAAAGGGACUAUGAAAGGGAUCCUUUAAAGUAAAAUCUGUGGCACAGCACAGUCCUGCUUUUUUUUUUUUCUUUUCUGUAUAAAAGUUUAACACACUCUGUGGAACCAUUUUAACAGAGUUUUUCUUUGGGGAAAAGGUGACAUGUUUGGUGUAAAUAAAAACUUUUAAAAUUUACAAGGAUGAAGAAAGAUGUUGUAAGCCCAGCAGCCCUGUGGUGCCUUUAAACAAAAGCUGCAGUCACUGCAGGGCCGGGCAGCAGCCCACAGUGUUGAUUGCUGUUAGCACUUGUGGGUAUUUGCUCUUGCCUGAGGAAGUGAAUUGUAGAUGUCACUUGGUGAUUCAGGCAAAAAUCAAAAUAAGGAAUGGAUUUCUACAGGCUAAAAAAGGAAAGGUAGUGUGAACAGCGAUGGCACAAAAAGUAUACGGUCAGAAGUCACGCCAGUGUGUUUACAGUAAGUUGUAAUUCAGUGUGGUCUAGAGGAUACAAAAAAGGCGGUGAAAAAGUGAGUGAGAGAGAUGAUGCAGGCAGUGUGACAGAGCCUAAUCCCCUGGUAACUGUAUGUUUGAAAGACGGCAGAGGUGCCAGCUGCAGAGCUGUGCAGUUGUCCUGGCAGCUGCUGACAUUUCUUACAAGGUUGACCUGCUCUGAAGCACGACUGCCAUUUUUCUUACAAUAAUUGUAACUCACAGGUUUGCUCUGUGCCUAGAUGGGCCCAGUAAUCAGACACAGGCUGUAGCCUGUCACUAAGCCUUUGUAUAAUAACUUAUCACAGAAGUCUCAUUUAUUUCACAGUUGUUACUUGUGUCACACAGCAUCUUUAUGCUGAAGAUGGUAUUUGGCGUUACCAGAGAUUGUGUCCUUUUGAAGAGUUCAGGGGGUAAAUAGUGUGGGAGUUUUAAAUCUGGGAGGGGGAUACUUGAGAAGUGAGAAGGAAAGUGCCAGUGGGUGAUCAGUAGAAUUGCUCUGUGUUCAUUGCACACGUUAAAAAGGACUUGGUGCCACUGUCCUUAUUCCAUGAAAUGAUCAACCAAAGAUGAUGUGGGAGGUUUGCUAAACCCAGUGGGAUAGACCCAGGACAAACUACUGCAAGAAAAGGAUCCAUGACACAGAAAGGGCAUUUUCAUCAUCCUGUGGCUCAAGGUGAUAGAAGAUUGGUCAUUGCACUGGUCCAAUUGGCACUGAAUUUCUAUUUUAAGUAAUUUCAAAUUUAAAAACUAAUUAUUGCCGCACUUUCUAAUCAAGAUUUUUCAUGCGACUAAAUUUCAAGAAAGUCCAGCCUUCAAAUACUGAUUCUGGAGAAACAAAAGCUGGCAAAGUCCUGAGAAGUCACUAAGUACUUUUCCAAUGCCAUUGAUUUCAUGAGAAAGGAUCUCAGAUGCUGGGGUGAUGGGGGCACUGAAAUGUGCUGAAAGACACCACUGUGUGGAAGAAUGUGUUAUCUGUCACGGGUGCUUCAUAGUCAUCCCCACUGACUGAGGUGACAUGGACACACCAGUGCUGCUUUGCAGCAAGGCAGUGGGGCUUUUGACAUCACAUUAAUGGGCACUGUUACGGCUGAGGUCACUAGCUGAGACAGUUCUCUAGCCAGGUUGUCCCGCCUGUGCUUUGAAAAAAAAUCUAUACAGGGGUGUUGCUCUACAGGCAUGUAUUUUUCAUGUCCUUCACCAGAGGCCAAACGUGGAGAUUUGGUGCGAAAUAAGCUCUGUGUGCUCUCUUACCAGAUUAAAGUAAUGCCUCAGAACUGA